AUGGCGUCCAGCGAGGAGGACGGCACGGUUGAGAAGGAAGAAAACAACAACAAGAAGAGGACGAAAGGCGCAAUCGCGACCGCAUGGCUGACUUUCUACAACAUCGCCAUGACCGCCGGGUGGCUGGUUUUGGCCAUGGCAAUGAUGCGCUUCUACAUCCAGAAAGGCACAACAAAGGGUCUGUACAGAAGUAUAGCAAGAACACUCAAGUUUUUCCAGACCUUUGCAUUAGUUGAGGUGGGACACUGUGCCUUGGGGAUUGUGAGGACUUCUGUGAUUGUAACCGGGGUGCAAGUGUGUUCACGGAUUUUCAUGGUUUGGUUCGUCACCAACAGCAUCAGACAGAUCCAGAAUGAAGAAAGCGUAAUCCUAUUCCUUGUCGUGUGGACGAUGACAGAGAUUACCAGAUAUUCCUACUACACAUUCAACCUGCUCCACCACCUGCCGUACUUCAUCAAAUGGGCCAGAUACAACCUCUUCAUCGUCUUGUACCCAUUGGGAGUUGCCGGAGAACUGCUGACCAUUUAUGCUGCUCUGCCGUUCGUGCGCAGAUCUGGAAUGUACUCCAUGAGGCUCCCCAACAAGUAUAACGUGUCGUUCGACUACUACUACUGCCUCAUCGUCGUCAUGUUGUCCUACAUCCCACUGUUUCCUCAGCUCUUCUUCCACAUGCUGCGGCAGAGGAGAAAGGUGCUUCACGGGGAGAUCAUAGUGGAGAAGGACGACUAGACGAGCCUCCACCUCACGCCUCCGUUUGAGCCAGCCUGCCACCACCACCACCACCACCACCACCCCCCUCCCACUUCAUCUCCACCUCAUCUUUAGCACCAUCUGCUUACUUUACAUUCUUCAUUGCACGGGACCGCACAGAUGGAUUAAUUCAGGAUUAAUUCCUAUCUGAGUGGUAAUAUUGGAAACGUGUUUACAGUCCCAGUGUUGCUGGAGCUGGAGACAGAAAGCCUGAUGUUGAGUCCGUUAUUCGCACCUUGUUGCACUGAAUAAACCUGAGCCACCGAAGAGUCACAACAUCUGUCUGAAGGAGUAAAAGGUAAACGAAAGGCUUCCAGGGAAAUGUGAAAUGAAACAUGGAAGGAAGAUUGAAAAUUGUGUCUCCUGAGUCCAAACUUCAUCCCCCAAUUGGCAAUUGUAUUCAUUUUUUUUAAGUGUAUUCCACCAAAGUGAUUUUAUACAGAAGUAGUGUGGCUGUAAAAAGGUUUAAAAAAGUAAAUAUUCAUACCUCUAUCAUACCUCAACAAUAAAUCUACAUUCAGACAAUAUGCUGCUUCUUUUGUGUACGUUUGUAAAUGAUGCAAUGUGAAAUGAGCGGUUAAUAGAAAGCAUAUUUCUUAAAGAUAAUUUAUUCACAUACCGUGUCACUGAGAGCAAGCACAGCACAGCUCAAACUUAACAUUUU